GCAGGAGAGCCCCAGUGCUCUAUAUAUAUGAUUGAUUUUCUUUCUUUUAAGUGCUGACUAAGGAAGAGAGGACUAUUCCCUUUGUGCUCCGAGAGGACACAUCUCAUUCCCGCACUUCACAGUAGGAGAACCUGAUGCGUCAUAAUGAACCAAAAUAUUAUUAAUUAACCAGCCAUUCCUUGGCUGAAAUAAUCACAGCAACACAGUUUAGUCCAAAGAGUUUCUGCAAUCUGACUGUAAUCAUGUAUGUACCUGCCCUUGGUAGCUUGGUCAGCAAACAAUGCAAUGAGCUGAUAACAGCAAAGGAUAAAGCAUCGGUUUUGAUGUUGAGCUUUACAAGCGAAAGCAGCAGAUGAAGGAGGCACAGACGCUUUAAGAUGGGCAAGAGGAAAUUCAGUGGGCUGGAAGUCACCCUGAUCGCCCUCUUCUGCUUGGUGGUCUGUGUAGCCUGUGUCCUCAUUGGGCUUUUAGCAUCAGGACAACCCGGAGUCAAAACUCCAGAAUUUUCAGCGGAUUGUCCAAACAUCUUAAUACAGGAGAGAAUUGACUGCAUCCCGGAUCAAAUAGCAACAAAGAGCACCUGCAACCUGCGUGGCUGCUGCUGGAGUCCCCAGAGUGACACCAGUGUGCCCUGGUGUUUUUUCGCUUCAAACCACGGCUACAGAGUGGAUGGGUCGACACGAUCAACUCAGGCAGGGUUCGAGGCUACAUUAAAAAGGCUGCCAUCACCUUCUCUCUUUGGAAAUGAUAUUGACACUGUUCUCCUCACGGGAGAGUAUCAGACAGCAAAUCGCUUCAGGUUCAAGAUCACUGAUCCUAAAACGCAAAGAUUUGAAGUCCCUCAUGAGCAUGUGCAGCCUUUCACUGGAUCCGCAGCCUCCAAUUUAAACUACAGAGUGGAAGUGAAGCAGAACCCCUUUGGCAUCGUGGUGACCAGAGUGAGCAAUGGCAGAGUGCUGUUUGAUACCACCAUAGGACCACUGCAGUAUGCUGACCAGUUCUUACAGCUGUCAAUCAAACUACCCAGCAUCAACAUUUAUGGUGUGGGAGAGCACGUGCAUAAGCAGUACCGGCAUGACGUGAACUGGAAAACCUGGCCCAUGUUCAGCAGGGAUAUUGGCCCCUCUGCAGAAAUGCAUAACUUAUAUGGAGUUCAAACUUUCUUCCUGUGUUUGGAAGACAGCACUGGAGCCUCCUUUGGUGUUUUCCUAAUGAACAGCAAUGCCAUGGAGUUCGUGGUGCAGCCUGCUCCCGCAGUGACCUAUAGAACCAUUGGUGGAAUCCUUGAUUUCUACAUCUUCUUGGGGAACACUCCAGAGCAAGUAGUCCAGGAGUACAUCAAGUUUGUGGGAUUGCCGGCAUUGCCUUCCUACUGGAGCCUGGGCUUCCAGCUCAGCCGCUGGAAUUACGGGUCUCUGGAUGAGGUGAAGAGAGUCGUGGAGAGGAACAGGGCAACUGGGCUCCCGUAUGAUGCUCAGGUCACGGACAUAGACUAUAUGGAGGAAAGGAAAGAUUUUACUUAUGACAAAGUGAAUUUUCAAGAUCUCCCUCAAUUUGCAGAUUAUAUGCACGAAUAUGGACAAAAAUAUAUCAUCAUAUUGGAUCCUGCUAUUAGCACACAGAAUCUAGCUGAUGGUAGUCCAUAUGGAAGCUACGUCAGGGGAGAGAGCAAAAAAGUCUGGGUUAAUGAAUCAGAUGGAGUAACAGCAUUAAUUGGGGAGGUGUGGCCAGGGGAAACUGUGUUCCCAGACUUCACCAACCCGGACUGCACCAGCUGGUGGGUGGAAGAAUUCAGACUGUUUUAUAACCAAGUGCCGUAUGAUGGGAUCUGGAUUGAUAUGAAUGAAGUAUCCAACUUCGUUCAAGGCUCAAAAGAUGGUUGUGCAACGAAUGAUUUAAACUAUCCUCCUUUCACUCCCAGUAUUCUUGACAGGCUUAUGUUUUCCAAGACACUUUGCAUGGAUGCAGUGCAGAAGUGGGGGAAACAUUAUGAUGUCCACAGUCUCUAUGGAUAUUCCAUGGCCAUAUCAACAAAGAAAGUCAUCGAAGAAGUGUUCCCUGGAAAACGAAGCUACCUUAUUUCGAGGUCUACUUUUGUUGGAUCAGGAAAGCACACAGGACACUGGCUGGGAGAUAAUGCAGCAACAUGGGAUCACAUAAAAUGGGCAAUACCUGGAAUGCUGGACUUCAACCUCUUUGGAAUUCCAUAUAUCGGAGCAGAUAUUUGUGGUUUCUUCGACGACACCACAGAAGAACUUUGCAGACGGUGGAUGCAAGUAGGAGCAUUUUACCCAUUUUCCAGGAAUCACAAUGCUGAAGGAUACAUACCUCAGGAUCCAGCUGUCUUUGGAGCUGAUUCAGCCUUGGUGAGAACCUCCAAGUAUUACUUGAACAUUCGCUACACCUUGCUGCCCUACCUGUAUACACUCUUUUAUAAAGCUCACACUCAAGGAGACACCGUUGUACGGCCAGUUUUGCAUGAGUUCUACACAGAUGAACUGACAUGGAAUGUCGACAGGCAGUUCCUGUGGGGUCCUGGGCUGCUUAUUUCCCCUGUACUUGACCCGGGUGUGGAUGAAAUUCAGGCAUAUGUUCCUGAUGCAGUAUGGUAUGAGUAUGAAACGGGGGCAAAACUCAAUGUGAGAAAACAAUGGACUAACUUGUACCUGCCAGCAGACAAACUGGGACUCCAUUUGAGAGGAGGUUACAUUUAUCCUACUCAAGAACCAGGAAACACGACAGUUGCAAGCCGCAGGAAUCCAAUGGGCCUUAUAAUUGCUCUGGAUGACAACAAUGCAGCUUCUGGGGACUUGUUCUGGGAUGAUGGAGAAUCUACAGGCACAGUGGAGAGUAACAACUACAUUUACUAUCAGUUUACAGUUUCCAAUAAUGUUCUACAAAUAAAUGCUAUAAACAGCAAUUAUGCUGAUCCAAACAACUUGAAAUUUGAAGAAAUCAAGAUAUUGGGAGCACUCCAGGAAAUAACGUCAGUUACUGUAUCUCAGAACAAUGUUGAAGAAAGUUCUACACAUAACAUCACCUAUAAUCCUAUAGAAAAGGUUGCUCAUAUAACAGGACUUCAGCUUGAACUGGGAAAAUCUUACACAUUAAGAUGGACUCAAGAACCAAAUGUCAAUGGAAGAUUUGAUUGCUAUCCCAGUCCCGACCCAACACAAGCAAAAUGUGAACAACUCGGCUGUAUUUGGGAACCAGUAACAUCAAACUUGGAUAUUCCACCCUGCUAUUACAGCUCUGACAAUGCCUAUUCUAUAGAAAAUGUAGAGUACACCUCGUCAGGUCUGACAGCCAACCUCACCUUAAACAGUGCCAACACCAGAGCUAAUGAGGAAUUCAUUACACCAAUUAGCACACUACGCUUGGAGGUGAAAUAUCAUCUCAACAACAUGCUGCAAUUUAAGAUUUAUGACUAUCAAAAUGCACGAUAUGAGGUUCCAGUACCACUAAACCUCCCGACGACCCCAACGAGCACGGAUGCGGAACGGCUCUAUGAAGUAUCAGUUCAGAAAAGGCCAUUUGGUAUCCAGGUUCGGCGCAAAAGCACAGGAACCGUCAUCUGGAAUUCACAGCUGCCCACGUUCACGUUCAGUGACAUGUUCAUUCAGAUUUCUACCCGCUUAGCAUCCCAGUAUAUAUACGGAUUUGGAGAAACUGAGCACACCAUGUUUCGCCGUAACAUGAGCUGGAACACCUGGGGAAUGUUCACAAGGGAUCAAGCUCCUACUUACAAGUUGAAUUCCUAUGGUUAUCAGCCAUUUUACAUGGCUCUUGAAGAAGAUGGCAAUGCCCAUGGAGUUCUCCUGCUUAACAGCAAUGCAAUGGAUGUGACGUUCCAGCCAACCCCUGCCCUGACGUACCGCACCAUUGGAGGAAUUCUCGACUUCUACAUGGUUUUGGGCCCAACACCAGAACUUGUUGUUCAGGAGUACACUGCACUGAUUGGCCGACCGGUCAUGCCACCCUACUGGUCUUUGGGAUUCCAGUUGUGCCGCUACGGAUACAGAAAUGACUCAGAAAUCUCCCAGCUGGUGGAUGAAAUGCAGGCAGCUGAGAUUCCCUAUGAUGUUCAAUAUGCAGAUAUUGACUAUAUGGAAAGACAACUGGACUUCACCAUUGGCACACGCUUUGAUGGAUUACCAGCUCUGGUUAACAGAAUAAAAGCAGAAGGAAUGAGAUUUAUCAUCAUCCUGGAUCCAACCAUCUCUGGAAAUGAAACCAACUAUCCUCCUUUCUCAAGAGGUGUGCAGGACGAUGUCUUCAUAAAAUGGCCCAAUACCAAUGACAUUAUAUAUUCCAAGGUCUGGCCGUUUCUUCCCGGUGUAGAUGUCAAUGAGUCACUGCCUGAGCAAACCCAAAUACAGAUCUACGGAGCACACGCAGCUUUCCCAGAUUUCUUCCGCAAUUCCACAGCGGAGUGGUGGAAGAGAGAAAUCGUGGAGUUCUACAACCAUCCCACCAACCCCUCGAGAAGCGUCAAGUUUGAUGGCCUGUGGAUUGACAUGAAUGAACCAGCAGCUUUUAUGAAUGGCGCCAUUGGCGGCUGUAGAAAUGAACUGCUAAAUAUGCCUCCAUAUAUACCUUAUCUGGGACUUCGGUCAGAGGGAUUAAUUGUGAAAACUCCGUGCAUGGAAGGUCAACAAUAUCUUCCGGAUGGUACCCCAGUCAGACAUUACGAUGUCCACAGUCUUUAUGGAUGGUCACAAACAAAGCCUACCCUAGAUGGUUUGCAGAGUGUCACCAACGAGCGUGGGAUUGUUAUCACCCGUUCCACGUACCCCAGUAGUGGAAAAUGGGCAGGACACUGGCUCGGCGAUAACACUGCGGCUUGGGAUCAGCUGGCUAAAUCUAUUAUUGGUAUGAUGGAGUUCAGUCUCUUUGGAAUAUCUUACACAGGAGCUGAUAUCUGUGGCUUCUUCAGAGACUCGCAGUACGAGCUGUGUGUUCGCUGGAUGCAGCUGGGUGCAUUUUAUCCGUAUUCAAGGAAUCACAAUCAGAAAGGAACAAGGAGGCAAGAUCCUGUUUCCUGGAACUCAACGUUUGUGGAGAUUUCCAGGCAUGUGCUAAAUAUAAGAUACACCCUGUUACCCUACUUGUAUACAUUGAUGUAUGAUGCCCAUGCCCAUGGCAGCACCGUGAUUCGCCCCGUACUCCAUGAGUUUGUGGAAGACAGAACAACCUGGGAAAUAUAUGAGCAGUUCCUCUGGGGACCUGCGCUGCUCAUCAGCCCUGUGAUGCAAGAGGAUGCUCGAACGGUGAACGCAUACUUCCCCAAUGCCCGCUGGUAUGAUUACCACACAGAUGAGAAUAUUGGUGUUAGAGGAGAAUUCAGAGUUUUAACAGCUCCUUUGGAACACAUCAACCUGCAUAUCCGAGGUGGGCACAUCCUCGCUUGGCAGAGACCUGCUAAUACAACUUUUUACAGCCGAAAAAACGCGAUGGGACUCACUGUUGCUUUGAAUGACGCUCUGUUUGCAGAAGGACAGCUUUAUUGGGAUGAUGGGGUUCGCAUUGAUGCAUAUGAAGAUGGUGUAUAUCUGCUUACAUCAUUUACUGCUGAUCAGAGUGUUUUAGAUAUCAAGGUUUUGCAUCGCGGUUACACUGAUCCAAACAACUUAAUGUUCACUGACAUUAAAGUCCUGGGUGUGCCCAGCAGCGUUAGCCAGGUGACCGUCCAGCAGAACGGCGUGACCAUCGCAUCGCCUCACACCAUAGGAUACACCGCCAGCAAACAGCUCCUGACAAUCACCAGCCUUCAACUUCAAUUAGGCCAAGACUACACAUUGCAAUGGAGCUAAAAUGCCUGCAAAGCAUCACUGGUCACACCACUGAAUUUUCUCAUUGUUUCAGAGCUAUCUUUCAAUUUUCUUUAUCACCUUAGAAUACUUUUUACUAUAAAAUUGCAAGAGUACAGUCAGUUCAUAUGAAGGUUUUAUGUAUACCUUCGUAUGAAGGUGUUUCAGUAUUGUAGAAGGUUACAAUGUCUCCAUGUGGUACAAAAAUCUGUAUUUUAAACAGAAUGGCACCUCAGUGUAACUUUAUCAUUCUGUGUGUUCUCAGAGUGAUUUCUGGCUGUCUUCGUGUGUGCCAAAUUUUGUAAAAAAGACACAGUUGGUGUUACUUGCACGGAUGUGAGGCCAUAAUUCUGCCUAUGUUUAACUUUCAUCUUAAUUUUAAUUAUGCUUGUGUAAGUCUAUGGAGGAGUAUUUAAGGCUAGACAAAGUAAAAGGUUUUGGAUUACUGAUUAAGUGUGAAAUGAUGUUCCAAGUUGUUAAUCUAUAAAAUACUAAGGUACUUCUUAAAGUCAUAAAGGUGGUUUGUUUUUGUUGUUUGGGGUUUUUUUUUGUUUGUUUUUAAUUACUUUAGCCAGACAUUUAUGUUCCCCACUGUUUUGAUCCGAACUUGUAAAAUUAAACCUGAGUUUUCAAGUUUAACUAAUGAAUGUUGGUCUCUGAGUGUUCAUUUCACUGAAAGAAAUGUUGUUGUAUGUUUACUAUAAUAGUAAUUCACAUUAAGGACUCUUUGUAUCCCAAGAGUGCAGCAUAGGAUCUAAACAGAUUGGUAAAGCAUGUUUACAAUUAAAUUUCAUAGGAAUAAACUGCUGUCAGAGGUAGUAGUAAUCUCUAGUGACUGUGCUUAAAAUUAAUUUAAAGGAUUCCACUCUGCUUUAAAAAAUUGUAGUAAACUAGCUAAGUAGCCAACAUCUCAUAGGUAGAUCAGUGUAAUUAUAGUGCUGAGUUCACUGAAACUUCCCUGUAUAGUAACAAAACUGGCAAUCCAGGGAAAAUGAUCAUUUAGGACUAAAGUUGCUGUUUUGACAAAUAUUUUUGUCUCAAGGAAUGAACUACACUGUUUUUCCACAGCCAGUGAUGACCAAUGGUGUGGGUAAGCAGAGGUACGGAUGUGUCCCCAUCACUGCAGAAAAAGGAGGUGCAGGUUACUGUGCCUUCAACCCAUUCCCUCUCACAUUAUGUCUUACUGGUUUUGCACUCACCUGGCUGAUGUGUGAAACAUUAGGUAAAACCAAACACUUCCAAGAGUUUAUUUUCAUUACUUUUCUUCUUAUUAUUUGUUUGAGGAACCUCAUUCUUCUGUUUUCUCUUGGAGAGGUGCAGCACGUCAGCUGGACUACCUGCACUUCAGCCACAGCUUUUACCGAGUCCUCAAGAUAAUAAUUCAUGAGGAAUUCACACAGACUGAGAAAUCACAGCUUCAAACAUGUACUGGCCACCUUCGGGAGCUGCUCCUUGCUGUGUCUCCUCCAAAGGACCCAGAAAAUAAUCAUCCCUUCCUGCAGCUGGUACAGCUGUGCAGCCCAGCAGAGCCUGGCCCACACUUCACUGUUGGUAUCUGGGCAGCAUCACCAGGACAGGUUCUCAGCUGGAGACCAAAGAAGCUACAUGCAUUUAUUUCAGGUAGGUAGUAGCACUUUAUACAAUGUUUCUCUUUGGGUCAGAUAUCUACACAUGUUGUGAAACAUCUCCUGCUGCAGGCAAAGCCAUUCAAGUCCAUCAACUGUACUGAGUAGUGGCACAGUUUUCAAUAGAAUUAAGUUAGCAGCAACAAACUUGCUACUUAUGUUGAGGACAGGAUUUUUUUUUUUUUACUGUGUCUCUCUGUGUGGUUUGACUUUCUAGCACUUAAAAAAAUUACUUGUAAAAUAGUUCAACAAGAUUAGGUUUGUUUUUUAAAACCUGUAUCUCCUGCCCCGGCACAGGUCCCAGCACAGGUAAAGCUUAAUUUACC